GGCGGAGGUAUUUCACGGCGACACCGGGCGGACAGGUUUCGCGGCUGCACGGUGCCUGGGGAUUUCCGGAGCUGCGCGGUGGUGGCUGCGUAGUGUUUGGAGGUGACGCUGGGGUUGGUCCAUCACCAUGGCGGCGGAGAGCAAGCCCAGGGCUCGCAUCCGGAGACCUGUUCUGCUCAGCAAGAUCGAGGGCUCCCAGGACGUGGUGAACAUGGCGGCCAUCAUCCCCAAAGAAGACGGAGUGAUCAGCGUCAGCGAGGACAGAACAAUUCGUGUAUGGAUUAAGAGAGACAGCGGUCAGUACUGGCCAAGUGUUUACCACUCAAUGCCAUCUUCAUGUUCAAGUAUGUCCUUCAAUCCAGAAACAAGGAGGCUGUCUGUAGGACUGGACAGCGGUACAGUCUCAGAGUUUAUUUUGUCGGAGGACUACAACAAAAUGACUUCAGCAAAGAGCUACCUGGCUCAUCAAAGCCGAGUGACAAUGGUCCUGUUUGUUUUGGAGAUGGAAUGGGUGCUGAGCACGGGACAGGACAAAAGCUUCACGUGGCAUUGUUCAGAGAGUGGUCGAAGGUUAGGUACCCACAGAACCUCUGCUUGUGCCUCAUGUCUGCAAUUUGAUAUUGAAACACGACAUGCUUUUGUUGGGGAUUAUUCUGGGCAGGUGACUAUUUUGAAGCUUGAACAAGACAAUUGUUCUGUCGUUACGACCUUCAAAGGACACAGUGGCAGCAUCACUGCACUUUGUUGGGAUCCAGUUCAACGGACACUAUUCUCUGGUAGCUCCGAUCAUUGCAUUAUUAUGUGGGAUAUAGGAGGAAGAAAGGGAACUGCUAUUGAACUACAAGGCCACAAUGACAAAGUUCAGUCCCUUUGUUAUGCACAUCAUACUCGGCAGCUGAUCUCUUGUGGUGCAGAUGGUGGGAUUGUUGUGUGGAACAUGGAUGUAAAGAGGCAAGAGACUCCUGAUUGGUUAGAUAGUGAUUCCUGCCAGAAAUGUGACCAGCCUUUUUUCUGGAACUUCAAACAAAUGUGGGACAGUAAGAAAAUUGGCUUGAGACAGCACCAUUGCAGAAAAUGUGGGAAAGCUCUGUGUGGGAAGUGCAGCUCAAAGCGGUCCUCCAUUCCAUUGAUGGGAUUUGAGUUUGAAGUAAGGGUCUGUGAUGGCUGCUUUGAAUCAAUAACAGAUGAAGAUCGAGCACCAACAGCUACUUUCCAUGACAGCAAGCACCAUGUGGUUCACAUGCAUUAUGAUGUAACCAGAGGCUGGCUUUUGACAUCCGGAAAUGACCGGAUUAUCAAGCUCUGGGAUAUGACUCCUGUGGUGUCAUGACGUGCUGUUGCUGAUCUUAAAGGGAUUCUGUCAAACAGGCUAGUCUACACAUGGAGGAUCAGUCUGCUGUGGUCAUGCAGUGUGAUCACAUAAAUGAGGAGCAAAGGAAUUUUACAUUUUCAAAGCAACCUUCCAAACACUGAACAGUUUAUGAUGAGCCUAAAGUGCAAUGAUUCCAGAAAAAAAAAACUUGGCUGUGAAGAAUGAAGUACAGUUUUCCAAAGGGUAGUUUGUGCAGUUGAGGCAUUUGUGUAAUUUUGCUGGAAUUUAUUUGAUGGAGUGGAACAACUUUUGUGAACUGUGUUUUCUUAAAUGCGGUGUUAAAUUCUGUCUGUUCAUGUUUUUGUUUUAUAUUUCCAUUUUAUUUGUUACUCACUUGACAACCAAACUUCAUCUUUGAGGGCACACCCUGUUUUGGUCAUGUUCUUAAUAAUUGCAUUGCUAUGCAGGUUUACUUAAAAUCAUUUCUCAUUGUGAAUGAGAAAUAAUUUAGACUGAUAAUUUAGGGGUUUUUUUCCAUAGCAGAAGAAGACACAUUUCUGAAAACACAAUUGUGGUGAAGGAAGUGAUAAAGGUUAAUUGUCUGGAUAUUCAUUUUCUAUAUCUCAAACAGUGCAAAUUCCAUACUAAAAGCAUUCCAAGUUUUCUUCAGUGAUGUUAAACAGUUAAUUCAAGCUCUUACGUGUGCAGAAGUAGAUUAUGAGAAAACCAGUUCUUUUUUUGAACGUAAGGUGUAAAUGAUUAGUAAAUACAAGUAUAGCUCACGGGAUGUUUAGUGGAACUCUGAUCUGUCAAACAAACAAUAGUUCCAAACAAAUCAACACAACACAUACUCAGCAGUGUUAACUACAGCUGACUCACUGUUGUUUUCAAGACUGUUUUAACUAGAAUACAAUUUUGAUACUCCAAAACUAAAACAUUUCCCUUAUCUCUGAUUUUGUACUCCUUGUUGUUCCUUCCUUUCUUGAUCCCAUUGCCUCCUUCAAAAAAAGGAGAGGCAAUAAUUGAGGAACAGUGCGCACUUUUUACAGCUAUGCUACUUGCUUUCUGGAUCAAUGCAUUCUUUCUUUUGGCUUCUGCUUUUCUUUACAGUAUACUGAUGAGUUCAGUGAAUUGAUCAAACCCAUUUUGAUCAGAAUGGGUGCCAUGGUCUGCUGAUCUGGCUGAAUCCACUCUGAAGAUGAGUGUUACAGUCAUAUGAUACAUCCGAUGAUCCAGUUAGACCUAGUCUGAUCAGUAAUAGAUGUAUUUUAAUGACCAACAUGGAAUUUGAACCAUCUGGUUGUUAGUUAAAAUGGACUUCUGUUUUACUCCUUAUCUUUUCAAAUUAUAGUACAUUUCUUAUUUCAGAAAUUAUAGUGGAAAUUUUAACCACUUUCCUUUAGUUUCUCAUUGACUUCUACCAUCUCAUUUCAAUAUUUUUGUAAUUCUUGGUGCUGACCCAGAUGUUGGAUGUCUCGGUUGUUUUUGAUGUAGCAUGUGAGCCAAUGUAGGGAUUCUUGCCUCCAAUUCCAAGUCAUAGGCAUUUGAACACAGAAGCAAGCUGUGCAGCUGGUUGAUCCACAUUGCAGCUGUUGAUUCCAUUCCUAUUCUCUUGGUUUAUUCUUCAACUCUGCAUUUUGUUUUUGGUUCACUUUUUUUUUAGUGGUAUAUUUACAAAUGUAAGCUUGAUCAGCCAGUCUUGAUUGCAGAUAUUCUCAUCAAACGGAAUGACUGACUCCUGUCUGAGGCAGUUUUGCAAAAUGGGUGGAGUUGGGAUGGACAUGUUGAAGAAUAAAAGACUCGCAUUAUAUUAGUGCCUUUUAUAUGCUCAGUGUCCCAUUGUGAUUCACAACUGAAUUAAUUUGAAAGUUAGUUGUUAUAUUGACACAAAUGGCAGAUGGUUUGCAUGCAAUAUCAAUAGCAACUAUUUCACAAUGAUAGACCCUGUAUAAGGGGCUGGAUCACUUGGAUUGGCUAGGCCAUUGUUGCUUAUUGUCAUUUUUGCCAUCUUUUGCCAUUUAUAUUUUUGCAUCUUUAGAAAACAUCAUGUCUAUGCUUGGUAGUCUUCAUAAAUUAUGUACUAUGCACAUUAAAGGAAAACGGUUUUACUCAAAUUUUUGCAACUAAUCUUCAUUCCAUGCUGUGCUUUAUAAUCAAUAUGAGGCAAGAAGAUUGCAUUAAAGCACAAAGUAACCAGUAAUAACCAAGUUAAAGCACAACAUUUUGUGGAGCACAACAUUAUAAGCAAAUGUACAUGAGAAUAGGAGCAGGCUAUUUAGCCUCUUUAACCUGUUCUGCAUCCUUGGUGCAUUCACUUUAUAAAUGCUGCAUUUAAUGCCCAGUAUCCACGACUGCUGGGGACAGUGUCUUGGUAAUGAGCUCUAGUCUUCUUAUGAAAAAGGGGUAGUUUUCCUCAUUCUUCCUUUUCUCUCAUUCAACGUAGAUUCUCUGUUUCUGCCCUAUUGCAUAUUUUUAACACUAACAACUCUGCUAACGUCUGAUACCAUACUGUCUUGUACUAAGAGGCAACGGGACUAACUUAAGGAGCAUUAUUUUAAAUCCAAUCAGGAUUUUGAUUGGAAUCUUGUCUGGUCUCUCUGAAUCCAAUUAUCUUUCAACGAGGGAACCUGGCUAUGUUCCACAUUCGUUUUUGCUUCAGUCUCUUGUGCAAUGAGUGGAUUUUGCAGUUGAUUGAAGUGAUGAAUCAUGGUGUACUAAUCAGAAUGUAAGGCAUUUUUGUGAUGAAACUUUUCAUGUCGGAGCUUGGUGACCAAAAAAGGUCUGCCUUGAGAAUUCCAACCCUUCCAGCAUUUUGUCAAAAUUUGAUAAGUUAGGCUGGCGAACAAAACCCAGUUAGUGUUCAUCAGUCACAAGAGGUGAGGGAAAUUCUGGCAUUACAACACUGCCAACCAAACUAGAUUCCAGAUUUCCACACUCUCUGUUCAUUGUGAAGUGCUUUCAAAUAUCACCUCGCAAUGUCUUGGCUCUGAAGGACAUGAGAGAGAAGAGCAGUAAUAGAUCUUGUGGCUUCUCUAAAGCCUUUUCCAUACAACACAAGCAUGGCUAAUAUGACUGAAAUGCACUUUCCUGUCUAUUACCAACAUCCUCUGAUUCCAAGAGCUCAAAAGUCUAUCUACCUCAGCUUUGAGUAUGUUCAACAAUGGAGCAUUAACACCAAGCAUCAAAAUCCUCGGAAGAAAUGUCUUAUCUCAAUGCAAAAUAUAUGACACCUUUUCCUCGACUCCUAUGCCAGUGUUCUAGAUUCUUGAACCAUAGGGAACAACUUCUCAGUGCCUAUCCAACCAAGCUUCUUCAUAAUCUUGGAUGUUUCGAUAAAAUCACCUUUCAUUCGUUUGAAUUCCAGAGAGUGUAGACACAAUUUCCUCAGCUUUUCAUCGUAGGACAAUAUUCAUCCCAGGAAUUGAUGAUAAUGCAGCUUCUCUGUUCAGCUUCCAAGACCAGUACAUUUGGGAAAGGAUUAGCUGCUUUAGCUGAGGGCUUGAGUAAAGCUGCUUCUUUACAAGAGUCAUAAUAGAUACUUGAGAAUAUCUGUCUGAAAGAUGGCUCAGAGAUUUGCUUCCUUCAAUAUUUGUAUACAAGCAGCAGCCAGAAAAUCCUGUUUUGCUACAGCAUGUUGUAAUGUUCCCAAAAUUUUAUUUCAGCGUUGCUGUUACUUUUGGUGAUUGCCUAGAUUCUAUUUCUACCCAAAGGCAACUUGUCAUUUAUAAAGAAAAAGUUAAUUAUUUACUUAUUUAGACAAAUUUUCAGGGCCUAGGACAAAAAUUUAAGGAGCCUCGGAUGUUUGCCAGCUGUUGAGCAGGAUUUGGGAUAAAGGUAUUGCCAUCCUAAUUACUAAAUUAUCUCAUAAUUGGGACAAAUGAUCCUACCUUUGAUGUUUAGAUUGUUUGUUUGUACAAGUCUACAAAUAACACAGUUUGUGCCAUAGUGAUAAUGCCCCUACUGAGGAUUUCAAGUCCUACAUGUCUCCGAUAUAUGUCAUAAUAUGUCUGAACAGAAUGAUUAAAAUAACUACAAAUGGCACAGCUAAGGGCUGUUGUGGUGCAGUGGUAGUGUCCCUACCUCUGGGCCAGUGGUAAUGGUUUAAGUCCCACCUGCUCCAAAACUCUCGGAACAGAUUGAUCAGAAAAUAUCUACCAAUAGCACAAUUAUUUUUAUGCGUAUCUUUCUGUUAAAGCUCAUGUUUGGAUACAAGAUUAGUCUUGAAAUUUUUCAUAGCUUUUUGGUUUAUACUUGCUGUUGUAUGUGAAAAGUAGUUUCCUGGAAUCAUGUACAUAAUGUAAAGUGCAGAGCAGGAUCAUUCUGGGCACAUCCACUGCACUCUAAAGUUCAAUAUUAUAUGAAUUUUAAAGGAGGAAUUCAUUCUCGGAAUCAACUGUGUAGCAAUUCUGGACCAUUGAAUAAAUAUAGAUUUCCCAGGAAUAUACUUUGAGAAUGGCACAAGCUUGUUUUGUCAUGUGCAAUAAACAUUGAAUAAACCAAAGGUGUAAAAACAAAGACAUCUUCAGAGAUUUGUAUUCCGUGAUGGGUUUUUUAAAACAAAAUCUGUCUCUUUCUCAACCAGUCCUAUUUAGUCUGAACAGACUCUGGAGCAAACUGAAUCUGACUAUUUGCAAAUAUCUGGUCUAUUUUGGUUUUCACCUGUCUUUUUAAGGUGCAUUAAGAAAUUUAUUUGGUGGAACAAUGAGUCAUUUGUUAUAUUAAGCUUGUGUACACUUCUCAAUGCAUAAUGUAGGAUAGGAAUUGUAUCCCAAUGUACUGUGGCAGCAUGCCCCUGUAAACUGAGUAGUCCGCCUAGGGUUUGGGUUGGCGGCUGAUGGAGUUCAGAAGCUAUAAGCUAUCUGGACAAUCAAUAUUUCUAUUGGCAUAAAUUGUGCAAUCUUAAAAUAAUAUGCAAAAUGCUGCAGAGACUAGAAAUCAAACUUAAUAAAUCAAAAAAUGCUGGCAAACACAGUUCUAUUGACCUGAAAUAUUCUUUCACCAGUUUUCUUGCAAACUGUCUGAUCUGAGAUUUCCCAGCUUUGUCGUCAAUUUCUGUAGCACACUAAUAUAAUGGGUCAAAUGAUAUUGGUUUUAUGAUUGAACAAACUAGAAGUGUUAUAACUGUACACUGUGAAGUUGUUCACUCAUUUGCUACAAAGCUGGAGUUUUGAGCAGUCAGACAAUCUCAUUACUGCUUGGUGAGAGCAACAAUGUUGAGCAGUCCACAUUCUGUUCACCUCAUGGUUUUGUUAAAUGUGCACAGUUCUUUAGCACAGUGAACAGUGGAGCUACUCAAGGCUACUCUGUACUGCAUUUCGAACAGUACAUUGGUCUUGGGUAGUCAGAUGUCAGAAUUGUGAUCUUCAUCUGGAAAUGUUGUAUUGUCUUCCUAAUUCAUGUGUGUGACACCUUGCUGCUUUAUUUCCCAGCACUUCUAUUUGGUGUUCCAUAACAGUGUUCUUCUCCUGGACAGCCAGAACAUAGACAUCAAGUAGUCUUUAACCUCAAUGUCUUCCACUUUCAGUAAUUCAGUUUUACUCUGUUGUUGUACUCUGUGCUACCACAUUUUCAUAUGCCCUCCCUGACAAUGUGGAAAGGCAGCGACUGCAGGAAACUUUUAAUGGUAGAGCUGGUAGAAAGCUGUAUGUAGCUUAAAAAAAAAAUCAAGUUUUAUUCACAUGAUUUAUAUUGCAAAUAUGAUGUUUGUAAUGAUUUGAAAUAAAAACACACUAACAGUAUGAUCAGUCUCAGCGAAUGGGCCAUAUCAACUCUCUUCCUUUACCUUUUUUGCAAUGGGACAUUAAUUUUUUGUGUCAAGUCUGAAGUCAUCAUAGAGACCAAUGCAGUUGCAAAUGGUCUAACACAUUUAUACUAAUUAUUUAUAUCCAUUUUACAGUUCAAAUUACUAAAUCUAUUUGAUUUUGAUGUUCAGACUAUGAUAUGCAAGGAAGAGGAGGAGCUGAUUAGUACCUCCACUUCAUUUCCCUUGGUACCAUUUUGCUACCUUUUUUUGUUGGAGAAAGGUAUUGCCUGAUUCUGCUGCCCUAGCUCUUAGGUUAGGAUUAUGACUCUUCAUUCUUGAUUUCCUUCCCCCACCCCCUCAAUGUAAGUAUUUUUCUCUUUAGCUCUAUCCUAUUGAUUCCUUUAAUCGUUUUAAUCACAUUCUAUCUGAUCGUCCUUCAGUUUUCUGCAGUUGCAUGGACUUGGUUUGUCUAUACUAUUUAACCAUGUAGGCCAUAGUGUUCUGGUAACUUUGUACAAUUAUCUACAUUCAUUAGCUCUUUGUUCUCUUCAGAGUAGAUCCCAGGAAAGCAAAUGAGAGAAAUACAUCUGCAUCCCCUUCCUGUCUCCACCCUCCCACAUAAACCUGUUCAUUAUAGAGCUCAUACCUUUUUAAAGGUCUAGCCAGCAACGUUUUGAAGCCAGUUAGACAGCAUCCGAGGAGCAGGAAAGUCAAUGUUUCGGGCCGAAAUCCUUCAUCACGUUGAUUUUUCCUGCUCGGAUGCUUUGAGUGGCUGUGCUUUUCCAGCUCCAUAUUUAUUGACUAUAGCUUCCACCAUCUGCAGUCCUUACUGUUUUCAAGAUACUUGUAAACUGUUGCUUUUGUUUAGGAAAUAAUUAUUUGUAAUAUGACCAAAUACCACAGUGUAAAGUCCAUCUUCUCCAAAAUGGAGCAGUAUUCUUGUGCAUUAGUUUCCAUUAGUGCUUGUAGUAGUGAGCUAUUUAACCUCUGGUCCCCUAAUAAUGAAAACACAGAUAUAUAUUUCCAGUUGGGAUAUUUUACAGCUUCCACAACAAUGAUGAGUACUAUUCUCUAAGGCAAAGGAACCUUUAAGAAUUUUCUCUUUCUCAUGCUCUCGCAGUGCCGUCCAGAAGUAAUCUGCUCAGGGACUUUUCUCUACAUGUACUACUCUAUUAAAAGCAUACUUCACUAGAAACACUGUGAAUAACGUCAGCUUAAGCACAAAAUAAGUUGCAAGAAGGAUACAACUGUUUUCAAUGAAUGAAUUCACUGAGACAUAAUGCUCUGACUUCCAGUUAUUGAAAAUGCAAUUCCCUUCAGCAGUUCUCUUUUGUAUCUGUCUUUUCAUAGACUUGGUAGUUGAACAUACUUGAAGCAUUUCAGGUAGAUGUAUUUCCUUGUGACCUAACCCAGCUGACUUGAAGAAAAGCUGAUGGAAAUGCUAAAACUAAAUUCCAGAAAAGGAAAAAUUCUAAAGGCAAAUUAAGAACCACUAAGCUUGAAGUCAAAACAAUCCAAAUGCAGUGAUUAUGUUUAUGAAUAUGCAGCAAAAAUUUCAGUGAGUCUUGAGACCACUGUGCAGUUUGUCACAAUUAUUUGACUUGUGUAGUUUUUGUGUACAUUAUUGACUUUUGGGAAAUAAGAGCUAUUUAAAUAAAGGAAGACCAUCCAGUUUGA